GGUUCUUUCUCUUUCCUGCACUUUUUCUUUACCACUUUGAUCGAUUGACAGUUACUUGUCUUAUUACUUUAAUAUGUCUGAUAACGUCGCUCAUGCUCUCUCAGGUGCCGGUGGAGGUAUUGUCUCCAUGGCUCUGACCUACCCCCUUGUAUCCAUCAGCUCUCGCCUUCAAGUUCAAAAGAGUGACCAGAGCAAGGAUGCUUACAAGAACACAAUGGACGCAUUUUUCAAAAUCCUGAAAAGCGAAGGACCCAAAGGAUUGUAUUCUGGUCUGAGCUCUGGCGUCUUUGGUAUCGCCAUUACGAACGGUGUCUACUAUUACUGCUACGAAGCUGUCAAAUCCAUCUUUGAAAAGACCAAGGGAAAAGGCAAGCCUAUGAGUACCCCUGAAUCGAUGCUUGCAGGUGCUCUUGCUGGAUGUGCCGUGGUGCUUGCCACCCAUCCUAUUUGGACUGUUAAUACUCGUUUAACGGUGCGUAAGGGUGUUGAUGAAGAGGGUCAAUCCAAGAAAUCGAACGCAUUUGCAGUUGGAGCAAGUAUUCUGAAGAAAGAAGGUUUGGCCGGUCUCUAUUCUGGCGUGGGAGCUGCUUUGGUGCUGGUCAUCAAUCCCAUUAUUCAGUAUACCGCCUUUGAGCAGAUCAAGAAUAAGAUUUCCAAAAUGAAGACAUUGAGCAACCUCGAUUUCUUCCUUCUUGGAGCCAUCAGCAAGCUUUGUGCUACCGCGAUUACCUAUCCUUACAUUGUGAUCAAGUCGCGUAUGCAAGUGAGCCAAAAGAAAGAAGAGCGUUACACGUCCAUUUGGGAUGGCUUCCAGAAGAUCAUUGCCAGCGAGGGCAUUGCGGGAUUGUAUAAGGGCAUUUCCAGCAAGAUCGUCCAAAGUGUGCUUACGGCUGCUUUCUUGUUUAUGGCGAAAGAAGCGUUGUUUGACUGGGCUGUGUGGGUACUCGUGUUGGCAGGCGCUAGAAAAGCUCGUUUAGCCGGAAAAUCAUAAAUGAGCCAUACUUUUUUUUUAUAGACCUUGUUGUUAUCGUAUCAUUCGCUCUCAUUGAAAAAAAUAUUAAGCUUUUUUUUUUUUUUUUUUUUUU